AUGAGGGACGGUCAUAAUAAAGUUUACAAGUCGUUUUCUGAUGUAAUUGAAGGCAAAGAGGGAAGAUUUCGUGAGACUCUGCUUGGCAAACGAGUUGAUUAUUCAGGACGUUCUGUCAUUGUCGUGGGUCCUUCACUUUCAUUACAUCGAUGUGGAUUGCCUCGUGAAAUAGCAAUAGAACUUUUCCAGACAUUUGUAAUUCGUGGUCUAAUUAGACAACAUCUUGCUUCGAACAUAGGAGUUGCUAAGAGUCAAAUUCGAGAAAAAGAGCCGAUUGUAUGGGAAAUCCUUCAAGAAGUUAUGCAGGGACAUCCUGUAUUGCUGAAUAGAGCACCCACUCUGCAUAGAUUAGGCAUACAGGCAUUCCAGCCCGUUUUAGUGGAGGGGCGCGCUAUUUGUUUACAUCCAUUAGUUUGCAAGGGAUUCAAUGCCGAUUUUGAUGGAGAUCAAAUGGCUGUUCAUGUACCUUUAUCCUUGGAGGCUCAAGUAGAGGCCCGUUUACUUAUGUUUUCUCAUAUGAAUCUUUUGUCUCCGGCUAUUGGGGAUCCCAUUUCCGUACCAACGCAAGAUAUGCUUAUUGGACUCUAUGUAUUAACGAGCGGAAAUCAUCGAGGUAUUUGUGUAAAUAGAUAUAAUCCAUGUAAUCGCAGAAACUAUCAAAAUCAAAAAAGAAGUGACAAUAGUUACUAUAAGUAUACGAAAGAACCCUUUUUUUCGAAUUCCUAUGAUGCAAUUGGGGCUUAUCGGCAGAAACGAAUCAAUUUAGAUAGUCCUUUGUGGCUCCGGUGGCGACUAGAUCAACGCGUUAUUGCUUCAAGAGAAACUCCCAUCGAAGUUCACUAUGAAUCUUUAGGUACUUUUUAUGAGAUUUAUGGACACUAUCUAAUAGUAAGAAGUCUAAAAAAACAAAUCCUUUUUAUAUACAUUCGAACCACUGUUGGUCAUAUUGCUCUUUAUCGAGAAAUCGAAGAAGCUAUACAGGGGUUUUCUCGAGCCUAUUCAUAUGGUACCUAA